GGUUACAGGUACAGAUCAUUAUUUUUUGAGUGAUGGUCUUUAUGUCCCUGCUGAUCAGCUGGAAAACCAGAAGCCUUUAAAUUUACACGUUAUUCUCAUCAAUCCUACUGAAGCAUCCAAUAGACAGGAAGAAAAUGGCCAAGUACCAUCUGCAAAGAGACUGAAGCUAAAUACAGAUGACACAGCAAGCACCGCUUCUGCCUCUUCUUCAGUGGCUCCUGGUGACCUUGCUCGCAGCGCCCCAAGUCAGGAGAGGAAGGAAGGACAAAAUGCAAGUGCCCCAAACAAGGCAGAGAUGUUGUCAGCUUCGAGCUCACUCAGAAACAGCGAAUCCCCAAAAAAGGAAGUUGUUGAAGAGGUCUGCCAAGUGCUACAGAAAGGGGACGCAUAUAUUUUAGACAUUGACUUAGAUUUUUUUUCAGUUAAAAAUCCAUUCAAAGAAAUGUACACACAGACAGAAUAUGAGCUUUUGCAAGAGCUGUAUAAUUUCAAGAAGCCUCAUAGCAAUGCAACAGAGGAGAGCUUGCUGGAUUGUGUUGAAAACCGCGUUCAUCAGCUGGAAGAUCUGGAAGCAGCAUUUGCAGAUUUGUGUGACAACGAUGAUGAAGAGACCCUGCAGAAGUGGGCUUCAUGUCCUGGGAUGAAGCCACUUGUUCCACUAGUUCACAGUUUGAAAACCAGGAUGGACAGCCCAGACUACGAAAUGGUCCAUCAGGCAGGCCUGACCUGUGAUUAUACGGAGCUUCCUCACCAUGUUAGCACUGAAGAAGAGAUUGAAAGCCUCAUACAGUCCAUCAAAGUCCUACUAAAAGAUCUGCCUAAGCCCACCCUUGUUACAGUUGCUCGAUCAAGCUUGGAUGAUUAUUGCCCUUCGGAGCAGGUUGACAUCAUUCAGGAGAAGGUUCUCGGUGUGUUGGGUUCGGUGUAUGGCAUGCUGGAUGUGCACUUGGAUUACUCGAGCACCUCAUCUUCUUUGUGA